GUUUGGACAGUUGCGUCAUGACGUAGGUGGCGGGAGUCGUGGCGCAGUGCUUCCUUGUUUUCAACGCAGCGCGGGAGAUUGAAGAGACGAGUCUGUGGAAUCACCCGGGGAAGCUGAAAGUCGCCUUCCUGCCGUCUUCUCAGUCUGGUGGUUUGUGAAAAUGCCUUGUGAGAGGAAGCCGAUGCGCUACGGCCACUCGGAGGGACACACCGAGAUCUGCUUCGAUGACUCUGGGAAGUUCUUUGUGACCUGCGGAGCUGAUGGAGAUGUUCGGAUAUGGGACGGUUUGGAUGAUGACGAUCCAAAGUUCAUCACUGUUGGUGAAAAGGUGUACUCCCUCGCACUGAAGAAAGACAAGCUGGUGACAGCGAGCUCGAACAACACAGUGCAGAUCCACACGUUUCCUGAUGGUGAUCCAGACGGCAUUCUGACCCGGUUUACUACCAACGCCACACAUGUCACCUUCAACCGCAGCGGCUCAAGGGUGGCUGCCGGAUCUAGUGACUUCAUGGUUAAGGUGGUGGAGGUGUCGGACAGCAGUCAACAGAAAACACUCCGAGGCCACGAAGCGCCUGUCCUCAGUGUUGCCUUCGACCCCAAAGAUGAACUACUGGCUUCUGCCAGCUGUGACGGCUCCGUGGUGGUGUGGAAUAUUGAGGAGCAGACUCAGGUGAUGAGCUGGCCUCUGCUGCAGAAGACCAACGACGUCAGUAACGCGAAGUCUCUGUGUCGGCUGGCUUGGCAGCCUGGGGCGGGGAAGUUUUUAGCAGUUCCUGUAGAGUCAACGGUGCACCUGUAUGAGCGAGAGUCCUGGAAUCAUGUGAGCACUCUGUCCGAUGAUCCGCUGACACAGCUCAUCAACGUGGUGUCCUGGUCUCCAUGUGGGCAGUUCCUGGCAGCCGGCAGCGUGGGGGGUUCACUGAACAUUUGGGAUGUGAACAGCAAGCUGUGUGUGGAAAGACAGAAGCAUGAAAAGGGUUUCACGGUGUGCGGUUUGGCCUGGCAUCCAUCCGGCAGCCAGAUCGCCUACACAGACACAGAGGGCCGUCUGGGCCUGCUGGAUGGACUCGGCACUUCCACCAGCACCACCACCGAGGAGGCACCAGCACCAAAGAAGCCAGCAAAAGACUAUGACGACCUGUUUGACGACGACGAUGAUGAUAGACUCAUGGAUGAAGGACUGAGUGACACCAACUCACCGGUUAAGAAAGCUGUCACUGGGAACGACGAUGAUGACGACGAUGACUUCCUGAUGCCUGCAACGGGGCGGGUGAGGAACAGAGGGGCGAUCCUGGAUGAUGAGAACUCUUUAGACACGGGAUCGUUGAGACUCGGCCAGGACAAAUUCGGGGAUGAUGAUGACACAGGAAGCGCUGUCAUACCUGCAGCUGCCCCACUGGCGCCCUUGCGUCCCGUCUAUGAUGGACCAAUGCCUACGCCUCCCCAGAAGGCCUUUCAGCCAGGCUCCACCCCAGCACACCUCACACACCGCUUCAUGAUGUGGAACUCUGUGGGAAUCAUUCGCGGCUACAACGACGAGCAGGACAACGCCAUCGACGUGGAGUUUCACGACUCCGCCGUCCACCACGCCAUGCACCUCACCAACUCGCUGGGUCACACCAUGGCUGAUCUUUCCCAGGAGGCCGUGCUGCUGGCCUGUCCCAGCACGGACGAGCUCGCCAGUAAGCUUCACUGCCUCCACUUCUCAUCAUGGGACACCAAUAAGGAGUGGAUGGUGGAUCUGCCGAACGGCGAGGACGUCAAAGCGCUGUGUCUGGGUCAGGGCUGGGCGGCGGUUGCUACCGACACGCUGAUGCUUCGACUUUUCUCGAUCGGCGGAGUGCAGAGGGAAAUCAUCAGCCUGCCAGGGCCCGUGGUCUGCUUGGCUGGACACGGAGAGCAGCUUCUCAUCAUAUACCACCGGGCCACAGGUUUCGAUGGCGAGCAGGCUCUCGGUGUCCAGCUGCUGCAGUUUGGUAAAAGGAAGAGGCAGCUCAUCAACUGCGAACCCCUCCCACUGUCUCGCAAAUCUCACCUGUCCUGGCUCGGAUUCACUGCCGAGGGAACCCCGUGCUGUGUGGACUCGGAGGGUGUGGUCCGGAUGUUGAACCGCUCCCUGGGCAACACAUGGACGCCAGCGUGCAACACCAGAGAGACGUGCAAAAGUAAAUCAGAUCACUACUGGGUUGUUGGAGUGCACGAGAACCCUCAGCAGCUCAGGUGUAUUCCAUGUAAAGGCUCCAGGUACCCUCCCACUCUUCCCAGACCUGCAGUGGCCAUCCUGCCCUUCAAGCUGCCUCUGUGUCAGAUGACUACAGAGAAAGGACAGAUGGAGGAGCAGUUCUUGCGUUCAUCCCUUUUCCACAACCACUACAGCUUCCUGUCGAGCAGCGGCUACGAGAUAGACGAGGAUGGGCAGAGUCAGUCCCAGAAGGAGCAGCAGGAGCUGCUCAUGAAGAUGUUUGCAUUGUCCUGCAAGCUGGAGAGAGAGUUUCGCUGUGUGGAGCUGGCACAGAUGAUGACUCAGAAUGUGGUGACUUUGGCCAUUCGAUAUGCGUCCCGAUCCAGACGCAUGGCUCUCGCCGAGCGACUCAGUGAGAUCGCCCUGGAGAAAGCCAACCAGACCCAGGAGGAAGGGCCAGACGAAGAGGAAGAGGAGCUGGAAUACACCAGACGGACCUCUAGAUACGGACAGAGUGAGGUCACAGGAGGACGUUACAGCAACGGACGUCAUCAGGAGGAGGAAGAGGAGCAAGAAGAAGAAGAAGAAGAAGAGGUCAGGGGGGAAGAGGAUGGACAGGAGAUGGAGACAGAGGAGUCAACAGAAACCAGAAAACGUGUGAAUCCGUUUGCUAAAGAAGCAGGUUCACCAGUGAAACCAUCUCUGACACCAAUUGCUAAGGUUGGACGUGCAAACCCUUUCAAGGUGCUCGGCUCGGGGAAACCUUCAUCUUCGUCCGGUCAGCCUCGAGUGACAAACAUCUUGGAUAACAUGACAUCCAGCAAGAAGUUAAGUCCGCUCAGCAUGUCCGCAGGGAGAGGAAGCAAAGGCCCCGUCCUCAAACCGCUGGCUCCAAGACCCAAGUCGAAGACUCAAUCCACUCUGCUGCAGAUGACUGGCUCUAAGGCAGCCAAUAAGAAGACUCAGGAGAACAUUCAGCCGGCUGCGGAUCAGCAGAAACAACCAGAUGUCCCGCCUCCAGCCUCACCACUAGAUAACACUGAAAAUAAGAGGCCGAAGACGGGCUUCCAGCUCUGGCUGGAGGAGAACAGGAAGAGUAUCACAGCUGACCAGCCGGACCUGGAGGAGACUGACAUCAUAAAAGAAGCAAUGGGACGCUUCAGAACACUGACAGCUGAGGAGCGACUGUCAUGGACGGAAAGAGCAAAAGGGCAGACCGGAGAUGCAGCAGAUCUGAAGAAGAGGAAAAGAGCCGAAGGAGGAGGAGGAGGAGCGGAAAAUGAAAAUGGACAGGCAGAAGCUGAUGAAAACAGUGCCAAGAAGAAGAAAUCCUUGGAUCCAUCCUCCAAGCUUGCAGCAUUUGCUUUUACCAAAAACUAAAUGUUUUAAUGUUUGCCGAUGGUCAUUUUUGUUCAGAUUUAUGUGUGGAAAAACUGUCCAUCCCGGUAAACCUGUUUGCUGUGUUGAUGUUGAUGAUUGACACACUUAACAGAACAUUUAAGCUCUUAAAUGUUCUUCAAAGUUAGUGAUGGAUCAUUGACAUGUAUUAAUAAUGGAGCAUCUUUGGACAUGUUUUCAGUUUUUACAUGCGUAACGUUUCUAAAACCCAUUCCUGUAUUUUAACAAUUGAAUAAAUGUAAAUGUUUGUUAGUUCA